CUUAUGUGAGUAACCAGGUCUUCCCAAUAAAGGAUGCAUGACUUUCUGGCAACACAAGGGAAAGAUUUACCAUUUUCAAAAGCAAAGUGAGCACCAAAGCUUGCUCCUCACCCCGCCCAUUGACUGCAUUAAGGGUCUCAUCACCACAUAUGCCAUUAGUUAAGCACAAUUAUCAGAGCACGGUCCUUGACAUCAACUCAGCUACAGAAAUGAGUAAUCAAGGAGUGAUCUACACAGAACUGAAUCUUGGUAAGAACUCAAAGAAGCAGCGAAGAAAAUAUAAGGACAUUAAAAGCUCCAUUUCAGUAACUGAGGAGGAAAUAACCUAUGCAGAUUUAAAUCUUCGAAAUUCUUCUCAGGAACAUCCAGGGGAUGACAAGGACAACCACUGCAAAGAGUUUCCAUCACCUCCAGAGAAGCUCACUGCUGGGAUCCUGGGAAUCACCUGCUUUGUAUUAAUGGUCACUGUGGUGGUGAUGAUUACAGUUGUUAUUCCAUCUACUGUAAUACAGGAGGAGAAUAAUUCUUCCCUGAUAGGAACCCAGAAAGCAUAUCAUUGUAGACGUUGUCCAAAGGAAUGGUUAACAUAUUCGAAUAACUGUUACUACAUUAGCAUAGAAAAAGUGACUUGGAAUGAGAGUUUGGUGUCCUGUGCUUCUAAGAACUCUAAUCUGCUUUAUAUAGACAAUGAAGAAGAAAUGUCUUUUCUACAUUCCCUCUCACUUCUGUCAUGGGUUGGAGUCUUUCGUAAGAGCAAGGAUCAUCCAUGGGAAUUGAUAAAUGGCUCAACUUUCAAAUUAAAGGUAAAGGAAUCAUCAGAUGAUGAACGUAACUGUGCUAUGCUGUACUCAUCUGAGCUUAAAUCAGACAGUUGCGAAUCUUCAAAUACAUACAAUUGUAAACAUAAGCUUUAACAUUAAUACACCUAAAUCUGAAGUCUGUCAGGUAAUUUUGUAUUUCAUGAAGUGGAAGUAAUAUUAGGAUUGCUUUAGUCUUAGAGUGGAAUUAUAUCAUUUGUUCUAAUAACAAAAAUUUUCAAAAACAAUUAUUGAAUUCUAAUAUAUGCCAAAAAUAAAAAUAAUACUUUGUGUCUGUCUUUUUUUACUCAAUAUUCUAUUCAUGAUAUUCAACCUUUCUAAAAGAUUCCAUGUUACCUGAGUCCAUUUCUGUGAAAUGCCAAAAACAGACAAACCUGUGGAAACAGUGUGGACUAGUGGUUACCGAGGGCUAAGAUUAUGACGCAAUGGAACUUGACCACUACUAAGUAUGUGUUUUUUUUCGGAGUGAUGGAAAUUGUUUAGAUUUCUGAUAGCAGUGAUGAUUGUAGCUAAGUGAAUAUACUAAAAAUCACUGAUUUAUAGAAUUUAACAGUAUGAAUUUUAUGCUGGGUACUUCAAUGAUGCUGUUAAAACAUUUUUUUCCAGAAUUAUCUUUGAGAUUGCAUUGACUCAGGUAAAGUUUAGUCAUCCUUAUAAUAUUGACUUUUCCAGUAAAUAUCAUGCUAUGUUCUUCAACAAAUUAGGGUUAUUUAAUUUUUCUUGAUCACAUGUUCUUUUGAUAUUAGUCUUACAGAAAUUUAAGUAUUCACAAUAAUGGUUUUGUAAAUGACAUCCUUAUUUUUAAAUGUAAAUUGUUUUUAGUAAUUUUUGUUGCUGUGAAUAAAAUUAUAAUUGAUGUUUGCAUGUUGAUCUUACAUCCAAUGCUUCACUGAUUUUAUGUAUUAAUGCUAUCAUUCAAAUAUAGAUUAUUAUGUAUUUUCUCUGUAAACUACUGCUUUAUAUAUAAAUAAUCACACUUCUAUUUUCUUUCCAAGUGCAAUUGCUUGAUUUUCAAGGUUCUAUUUAUAUUACGUGUAUCAUUUCCUACUCUAGAAAAAAAUUUCAACAUUUCAUCUGAUUUAUGAAUUUUUAUCACAACUUCUCCAAUAGAUACAGUUCUGUAAUAUUCUUAUUCUUCUAUUAGACUUUGUUAUCAAGUGAUUUAUUAUUAUUAUUUUUUGUAUCAAUUGGAAUGAUGUUUUCUCUGUAUGGUGUUUAUGAAAAAAUUACCUAUAUCUUUCUAAAAUAUUAAAUAAUCUUGAAUUUAUGAAAUAAAAUUGGUGUUAGUGGACCAUGAA